GCCAGGCGUCCAGCCAUCAUCCUCCUUGAGAUACGCCCUUCCAACGCCAUGACGUGAUCCUCCAGGGGCCAGACGUCUCUGCGCUGACGUGAGCGGACGGAUGAUGAUCGUGUUGCCCUCUGAGGGGGAUGCUGACGUGGGCCAUCGUUUGGCCAUGGACACCUGAAAACCGAGGACGCCGGGAGUAGCAUCAUGGUGAUUUGGAGCUGAAUGUCGAUCGUGCAAUAUAAGACGGAGGUUUCCCUAGAUCAUCCGAAAAUGCUCUUUUCACAUCCCAACGUCCUACCAAACACUUUCUGACUACCCCACAAGCCAAUCUCAUAAUGUCCGCCUUUAGCCCCGUCCCCGCAUAUUCAAUCGGCGCCCUCCUCCUGGGCAUAGGAGCGCACACUUUUAUCCGGCCGUCUGCAGAAUAUGAGCGCUUCGGUCUCCCUCGCGAGUCGUCGCCGCUGAUGUAUCUCAAGGCCGUCCGAGAGUCGACAUACGGCCUCGCUCUGAUCGCCCUGCAGCAUCAGGGCCACGAUGCUGCGCUCACCACUGUCGCGGCCGUGGUCUCGCUCGCGGGUCUUGUGGAUGGGUUCGUGAUACGGGCGCAUGGUGGAGCGCUUAGGGGGAAGGCGUUUCGGCAUUGGGGCUUUUUCGUGGUUGUUGCCGGGUGGGCGUGGUGGCGGGCAUCGUUUGCUUGAGGUGGGAUUUGGUGAAGGGGCAGGUGAUGCAUUCUUUGAUGAAGGGGAGAUGUGAGCGUUUAGGGAAGGAAUGACCUUGUUACCUUCUGUGAAGUUUUUCAAAAGGCUCGGCGCUGGUGCUGGUGUUUACCUCAGCGUCGCAUUCACUGUUUAUCUUUCCAUCAUAGAAAACUCUUCCUCUAUUUACUUCUCUCCUGCCU